AUGACAAACAAAUCUAGCCUGAAGAACAAUAGGAAAGGGGUUGCUUCGAAUACUCUCUCUGGAGCUGAGCAGGCCAAUAUAGGUUCAUCGGCAAUGCCUGACACAAAUUCUACGGGACCAUUUUCUUCCGUUUCUAGUCUGGACACUCCUGUAGUAAGGAAAUCAACUAGUCCCACUGGUUCACAAACUAAGUCAAUCAUGAAUGCUAGCGGAACUUCUGGGGCAGUUGUAAGUAAUACACCAGAGCCAGGGUUAAAAAGGAUACCAACUGUUACAUUCAGCGAUCCAAAGUUGGGUAGUCUCAGGUCGGAUGUGGAGCAAACUCCACCUAACCAGGUGGCCAGACAGUCCAGCGAAAAGAAAGCAACGUCUGUACACAUCGCAGCGGAGGGUGCAAAUCAAGGAAGAAACUUGAAAGACAUAAAUACAAAAGUACCAAAAGAUGGCGAGGCUUCUGCUUCUUCUUUUUCGACUCCAACCUCUAUUCUCUCCAAUGCUGAUAUGGGGAAUAACAUAUCCAGCCUGCUGGCUAAAAAGCUAAGUUUCACCGGUGGAACAGAUUCUAUUUUAAACUCUGACAAUAGUUCCGAUAGCCCCAGAAAGGAGCACCCACAUUUCUACGUGGAAGAUCCUUUACACACCCCAUCAGUUAGAUCAAGGUCUAACAGUACUAGUCCUCGCCCCUCUGUGGUAGUGAAUACAUUUAACCCCAUCAACAUUGAACGAGAGGGCUCCAUAUCAAAGACUGGAGAGCCCACAUUGUUGGAGUCUGUCUUGGAAGAAGCAAUGUCUCCCAAUGCAGUCUCAAAUCCCUUGAAGAGAGAAAAUAUUAUGACCAAUAUGGAUCCAAGGCUUCCCCAAGAUGACGGCAAGCUACACGUUCUUUUUGGGGCAACAGGUUCUUUGUCUGUUUUCAAACUCAAGCACAUGAUCAGAAAAUUAGAAGAAAUUUACGGAAGGGACAAAAUAUGCAUACAAGUUAUACUAACUAACUCAGCAACCAAAUUUUUUGCAAUGAAGUAUAUGAGGAAAAAUAAGAAACAACACAAUAGUAUCGAUACUUCUUUCAACAGCACCAAUUCUAAUGCUGGCAAUAUAACUGGUAACAAGAAAAAAGUAGCCUCUCUUGAAAAAUUUAGCAUUCAGAAGACGUCUUCAAACUCAGCGGCUUCUCAGACAAAUAAUAAACAGGAGGAAGAAAAACAAAUGGCCUCUACUACUGGAUUUCCUUCGACACUUGGUGGUAGUCGUACGUACAGCAACUCUUCAAACGUUGUAUCGCAACAUCCUCAAAUUGAACUGCCAGCACAUAUACAAUUUUGGACAGACCAAGACGAGUGGGAUGUAUGGCGACAACGAACUGAUCCUGUAUUACACAUAGAACUACGUCGUUGGGCAGAUAUACUAGUUGUCGCACCAUUAACCGCAAACACGUUGGCCAAGAUUGCCCUUGGUUUAUGUGACAACCUUUUGACAAGUGUAAUAAGGGCAUGGAAUCCAACGUUUCCCAUAUUCCUAGCGCCUUCAAUGGGUAGCGGUACGUUCAAUUCCAUAAUGACUAAAAAACAUUUUCGAAUUAUUCAAGAAGAGAUGCCUUGGGUAACUGUAUUUAAACCCUCAGAAAAAGUCAUGGGCAUAAACGGUGACAUCGGGUUAAGUGGGAUGAUGGAUGCAAAUGAGAUUGUUGGCAAGAUAGUCGUCAAACUAGGUGGUUAUCCCGAUGUUUCUGCGGGAAAGGAAGAAGAAGAGGAUGAAGAUAACGAUGAGGAGGAUGAUAAUAAGAAGAACGAUACUGGUGGUAAAGAUGAAGAUAAUGACGACGACGACGAUGACGAUGAUGAUGAUGACGAUGAUGACGACGACGACGACGACGACGACGACGACGACGACGACGAUGAUGAUGAUGACGACGAUGAUGACGACGAUGAUGACGACGACGACGACGACGAUGAAGAUGACGAAGACGAAGAUGAAGACGAUGAAGGAAAAAAGAAAGAAGAUAAAGGAGGGCUACAGCGAUCUUAA